AAAGCUAAGGUGGAUUACGCUCGCGCUCUUACACAUUGCGUCGUCGUUUUUGGUCAGUCAAAUAUUUAGUUGGAUUUGAUAAUACUGUGAACCAACCCUCUGUUUACUUACGUGACAAAAGUUCCCAUAGUGACAUCUCAAGUGACCGUUAUCGCGGGGAACUUGUUAAAUAUAUUAAGACUAUGUGCGUAGGCUCUCAGUAGGAGAGAGAGGCCUAACCCCGUAAGAAGUAGUAUUAUUUCUAAGUGGUUGUAGAAGCAGUGUUUUAUUGGGUAGUAGUGAGGCGUGGCGAGGAGGCGUGGAGGCGCGGGCAGGUGUGCGCAUGGUCGUCCUGCCGGCACCCACACAUUCACUACACAACACUGGUGUAAGGUUGCCAUGGUGCAGCAUGGAGCUGACAGUGGACACUUCCCAACGACGGCCACGCUCCCUGGCUAGUCCGGCCCCGCCACACUCUGGGCGGCCACGCUCCCUGGCUAGUCCAGCCCCGCCACACUCUGGGCGGCCACGCCCCCUGGCUAGUCCAGCCCUACCACACACUGGGCGGCCACGCCCCUUGGCUAGUCCGGCCCCGCCACACUUUGGGCGGCCACACCUCCUGGCUAGUCUGGCCCAGCCCAACACGGUGCUGCUGCUCCUCCUCCUGCUCUCCGCCCUCCUAGUUCCUGCUGCAGGAGGCGAGAAUGGGGAGCUGUGUGUAGUGGAGACGCCACUGAGGACCCGCUACGUACGCCCUGUGGUGGAGACCAGCGCCCUGUGCCACGGCUGCCUCUUCCCGACGCCCACGCCCACGCCCGACGCCCACACCCCGCCCAUACAGCAGGUGCACAUCGUGCACGUGGAGGAGCCCGAGGGAGGGGCGGUGCAGGUGGUGGUGACGGGGCACGAGCGGGUGGAGGCCUCCAGGGUGGCCAUCGUCCUCCACUCCACCACAGCCUCGCCUCCAGUCACCUUCACCGUCACCGCCGCCCCCAACACUCUCUCCAACUCCACCACCAAGCACCUCCUACUGGUGAGCGGCGAGGACCAGGUGCGGGGCAGAGACUUGAGGUACAGCGUCGCCCACCAACACACACUCUCCGAGGACGACCUCAUCCCCAGCACCCACACCAGGUUCGGCUUCGUCACCUCCUACACCCGGGUUCCCCUCGCCAACACCAUCAUCCUCCACCUCCCAAAAGAUGAUGAGUCAGAUGAAGGGUGUGGCACAGAGGUCCAGGAUGACAGUCCCGUGGCUAAUUGCUUUGUCUCAGUGGAACAGCCAAUUUCUGGUUGCUACCACCAUAACAUGCUUGGAGAAAGCCACAGGGACAUCCACAUCAUUGAAGUCGAUGGCAGCAGCAACAGCAACGGCAGCUUGGUGUUGGCUGUAGUUGGUAAUGGUGAAGGUGAUGGUCGAGGCUUCACUAUUGGUGGUGGUAAAGGAGUUGAAAGGAAUAUAACACUUGUGUUGCGCACUUCAAGACCCACCACUUGGUCACUACGGGCCACCAGCCUGCAGGGCACCAUCACAUUACUGGUGGGUGGUGGAGAUCAAGUAGAAAACACUUCAGUGUCAGGACCCGGUGUGAUGGUAGAAGUGCGAAGGUUUGAUGUUCCAGCAACAUUUGACCAACUGAUAUUGACAGUUCUUACCCGUGUUGGGCCACCGGUUUCUUACACUCGUACAACUACUCCCAACAAGAUUACCAUCACUGUUCUUCAAAAAAUGGAAAAUCGUGUAGUUCCUGAUAACAAGCGGCCAACAGUGUAUGCAGAAGAUGUAGCAGGAGUUAUCCAGGCUGGUUUGUCAGUGAGCUGUGAUGAGAAUACUAUGACAGUUGCCAUUCCAUUUUAUAUCUCCGAACGUGUAGGAGGGAUUUCCAUGUCACUGGGAGACCGUUCAUGCCCUGGUGUCAUGAAUGCCUCUCACAUUGUUGUAAAAGAAAUAUUUGGCCGAUGCAAAUUUAUGACGCAAAGCUCCUCAUACCAGACCACUUAUACAAAUUAUGUUAAUGUUGAGCUUGGACCCACCAUUAGUGAUGAUGAAGAUUUUGAUGGGUCUGGUUAUGGGUCAGAGGAUGAGUAUUAUCCUGCCAGGAUCCCUCCAAUACAAGUUCAGUGUCAGGUGCAGAAACUCCUCACCUACCCUCAAAUGCCCUCCCCAGCUAUUCAGCCUACAUAUAAAAAGACUACCAAUGAGUCAUUGGCUGGGGCCACAUACAAGAUGGACAUGUUUAGAGACAGCGACUACAAAAUACCCAUCAGAUCUGAUGACUUCCCUGUUUCUACCAACAUUAAUCGCAGGCUGUACAUCAGGACAGCACUUGCUAGUGUGAUGCCGUUAACAGAGGCAUAUGAUGUACACCUGCGUGUUGUACUUGAGCAAUGUUGGCUGAGCAACAGCUCCAUCCCACACCGCCCUGGUGCUCCCCAUGAAUCUUUGGUGAGGAAGUCAUGCCCACUCCGCCCCUCUGUCAUCAUGGAGCCGGUGUUGUUCCACAGCUUUAGCUUCCAGGUCCUGCCAGAGUAUAACUAUUUAGGCUCGUUCUAUCUUCACUGUCAGCUGGGCGUGUGUUCUGCGGAUUCUCUCCCACGUCCAGCAGUUAAUCGGUGUAUAGAUCCUGAGCAUUACUGUGGUAAAUCAAUGCUGAUGAGAGUGUUUGAUGAUCAGCCAUCAUCUUCAUCUCUUCAAACACUCACACUUGGACCAUUCUCCAUGGACCCCAGGAAAAAAUCUCCUUUGUCACAAAGUGUUGUGAGUACCAGCAAUGGAGUCGGCGGCAGCUCAGCAGGGACUAGUGCCACUGAUGAUAAAACCCAGAUCAUCGUACUUGGUGGACUUUCAACUGAGAUUGUUGUGGGUAUUGCACUUGCUUCCUUUGUGAUUGGAGUUUGUCUGACAGCUACACUCUGGGUUAUCCACAUGAAAACCGAUCCUCAUAGGCAGAAACGUCCAGAGGGUGGUGCUCCUCGAAACUCUGGCUAUGAUCUGUCUGCUCAUUCUGGUUCUUCAACCCCAUCAUCUCAAGCUCCCAUGACAGCCUGACGGUCCCAUGGGCUGCCUCCAUUGUGGUCAAGGCGUGGGAAACUACAACACGCACCACCUCCCACUACUAGUUGUGUGUAAAGAUAAUCAGUUAUGUGUAGGUGAUGACACAUUUUCCAAGGUUCAUUUGACAUCAGUCAAAAUUUGUCUCUGAAAAGCAAAAUGCAAAGUAAAAGUUAAUGACAGUAUGUAUUAGCAUUUAAGAACAUUUGGAAUACACACUACUUGUCCAUCACCUCAAACAAGCUUGCAGCCACCACCUGUAGGCAACCAUCACAUGCCAGUGACCUCAGUACUUGGGGCCACUUUAUUGUGUAUUGCUUCCUUCAGCUUUGUUUUUGUAUAUGACUUUGAACACCUGUAAUGCCUGCCCAUAGCUAAGUGUUCUGUAUACCCACCUGUAUCACGGUGCACCUUGUGCAGAAUUUACUCCUUAAAGAUUUUUGUAAGAGGAAUAUUUGAAUAUAAUACUCUUCUUCAAAUAUUCAGCAACUCAUAGUAGAUUGGAAGCUAAAAUAUUUUUCUUGACUAUGAAGUAUGUGAGAAAAGUAGUUGUGAGACAAGUGAGAGCAUGUGCUUAGCUUCCCAUAAAAGUGCUUUACUCUCAGUGCUAGUUCUAGUUACAUUAUCUAGUUAAGUUGCAUAAUUAUAAUAUAUAUGUGCAGUCCCUUUGGACUGUAUUUUGCAACUGAUCAGUUGAAUAUGUGUGAAUUUUUUUUAGUUCAGGGUUAAUUGGUACUUGUAACAAUUUUGUAUUUAUAAUGAGAUUCAAAUAUGAAUCCAUGUUAUCUGGAGUUAUAGUGUGAGGUGAUUACCUCCCAAGCCCAGAAAUAUAGUGGGCAUAUGCUACCUGUAAUGAGAAUGUAAUUAUCAUUUAGGUUUUUAAUUUAAGAAAUAGUGAAAUGACAUGUUUAGUUCAGUUUCUGAAAUCAUUGUCAUGUAAACUAAAAAAUCAGGAUAAUAUUUAUUAAGUGUAUGAGUUUGGGGUUUAACUGCUCUGCCUUGUUCCUAUGUAUGCCAAACUACCAGCUAGAUUUUUUGCAUUGUAUCAGCCAGUACCUUGCAUGAUAGUCAUGAGUUGCACCACAUAAUACGGGUAAAUGUUUUUAAGCCAUUAGUUUGACAAAGAUGCUCCAGAGCAAAACGCAGACUUCCUUUUUAUCCCCAAUUUAUAUUUCUGACCAGAUCGUUUACUAUGAGCUGAAGAUGGUAUUGCAGUGUUUCAUAUUUGUAGAGUACUGAAAACCCAGAUAAAUACUGUUUAAUGCUCAAUGUGGAAAAUCCUGUCAGUUAAUUUGUUGGUUUAACUUUAUAAAUCUUUAAAGUAACCAGAAAUGCCUAUAAAACAGUAUUGAGCUCAGCAGUAAUCCACAAGUGUGCUCGAGUACCGCUGCAAAUCGUAAAGAAAUUCUUUCCAGGGUCUUAAUGCUCAUUGUUAUAAUCUUGUUAUAUAUAAAUUACAUAACCUGCUGCUGAUCAGCCAUGUUAGUAAAUAAUUUCUCAGGUCCGUAACAGAUGACUUUUGUACUCCGUUGGAGGUGUAUCCUAAAAUGAGGAAGUUACCUGUUCACUAUUGUGCAUGUGCACACACCGCAGUCACCAGGAGGACAAUGUUGCAUGUGAGAUUCCUUCUGCCAUGAUAUAUUCCAAUCCGAAAGAAUUCGGAUAUAUAUUCCAAGUCGAAGGACUAUACUAGACUACACUGGAGCUAGAGUGUUAGUGUCAUGAUGGCCCAGACCUGUAAAUAAUGUGUGUCCUCUGUGAAAUGGGAUCAGCUGCUACAUGAAAGGACAUCAUUUAUCUUAAAAUGUUUGGUAAUAAAAGCAACAGAUUGUUGGAAAUAUGAUGACCAAGUGCUUAGCAAUGACUGAUCUUGACACAUCUGGACUCUUUUUAUAAAAUGUUGCUUUACUUUUAGUUAAAAUGGCUUCACUGUUGAAAAAUAUAAUGAAAAUGAGAGAACAGCCUAGUGAUGGCAAUUCGGCCAUAAAUUAUUUGUGUGACGUGACUUUGGCUUACCUCGUUCUCUGUACCUGAUUCUAAACGUGGCCCAAUGGGAAGUUAUCAUACCUUAGAUGGAAUUUCAGAGAAAAAACUACGACGUUCAGUGAAGCCCCAGCUAAGAGUAAAAAUAGCUACUCACAUCAAAUGGUAGAUUAGUGUGUGUAAGAGUGCAUAGACUGUAAGUCUGUAGAUGUAGAGGCAACAGGCUUAAUACCAAUGAUGUUUAAAGUCUUAGAAAUUGGGUGUUUAUAACAGUUGAGCAGAAAUUACCAACAUUGAUCAAAAUUUUUAAAUAAAUGCAAGUCAAUGAUGUGGGCUUGUAAAGUGCUGUAGUUUUUUAUGCUUAGCUUUGAUAUUUGUACAUUAAAAUAGUGAGUGGGUUGAGUAUGACAGCCCCAUUGGCUUGGUAGCAUAAACUACCAAGUCAGGUCUCUAUGUCACAAUACAGUUACCAGUUGUCACAUUUGUCAUGUCAUUUUUACCAAUCAUAUCACACCAGCCAUGUCAUGCAGCUAGUCAUACGACAUUCUGUAUCAUUUCAUUGCAACCAUAAUUGAAUACACUUAUAGUCACAUGAUAACAUGAGUUAAGUCAUAUUGCCAGUAAUGCAAUACAGUACUUACAUUAAACCAUCUGUCACAUUGCACUAGCAGUUUGAUCAUUCUGUCAGGUAUGUCACAACACUACUUGUGCCAUACUGUAGGUAAUGAUGUCAAAUUAUAAUUUCAUAUUGCUGGCUUUGACACACCAUCAUACACAUCACAGAAGCGGUCAUAUCAUAAUAUAGCCUCCACAUUUGGUGCACUAUAGAAUCAUGUCACACCAGGGAAUCACUUCACAACAUUAUGACUAACAAAGAUUCACAUUAUAUUACGAAGCCUUAAGUUCAGCAACAUAUCCAUAUUGUCGGCCCAUCACAAGUGUACUCAACAUUGUAAAUAAUGAAUUUGCUGAUAACCUCUGCUCUAUUGUCUUAUAAACCCCUUUCAUAAAUUUAUAAACUUGGACCUUUAUAAACCUGGACCAACUUGUACUCUCCAGCUGGGAGGAUUGCCACCUGCAUGCUCCACGGAAGCUUCCCAAUACAGUAAUUAAUCUCAUUUUUUAUUGCAUAAAAUUGUUGAUAUAUGUUCUAAAAAAUCUUUAUAAUAAUUCAUGAGAAUAUUGUAAUGAAAAUAAUAGAGAGAAGUUGAGUGGCAGAACUGGCUAAUAUUUCCCAGCUGUGGUGUGUGGUUGGCCAUGCGCCUAUAAACAAGAAAACCACUAACCAAUAUAAUAAGUUUUAGUAGUUGUUUAAGUACAGUGGUUGUCCAAAUGCUUGCCCUCAUUUUAUACUCAUCUCAUUCUAGAACCAUAUUCUUAACUACCACUUGAGUAAAAGCAUGAAUAAUCUACUAAUAUUGUAUUUUAUAUGCAAGAGACACUCAAUUAGCUUCAUAAUAGUACUUAAGUGGCUACUUUAAGAAUUUGGAAUUGAAGUUUUAAAAGGAUAUUAUGAUCUUUAGGGCAACUUUCUAACUGAAGUAUUUAAGGCUUAAUUUAUAUCAUGUUGACAUAAUACUUACAUAUAUAAUUACUGAAUUGGUAAAAUAUGUAUUAGCAAAAAAAGUGUUGAUACUGUUUAAUCAUCAAGUCAAGUCAUAAGGUGGGGCCACAGCAUAAGAGCACCUCACCUUCAAAAAUGUUGGCAGAAAAUGUCCACUAAGUCAGAUGAUUUAAUAUUAUUUUCACACAAAAUAUUCCAAGUAACUUGUGUAGCAUGAAUCCUGCUUGAGCAGUGUCAGGGGUGCCACAGACCCACAUGCACAAGCAGGGGAACAUGCUAGCAUGAAUCCUGCUUGAGUGUCAGGGGUGCCCUGACCCACAUGCACAAGCAGGGGAACAUGCUAGCAUGAAUCCUGCUUGAGCAGUGUCAGGGGUGCCACAGACCCACAUGCACAAGCAGGGGAACAUGCUAGCAUGAAUCCUGCUUGAGCAGUGUCAGGGGUGCCACAGACCCACAUGCACAAACAGGGGAACAUGCUAGCAUGAAUCCUGCUUGAGCAGUGUCAGGGGUGCCACAGACCCACAGGCACAAGCAGGGGGAACAUGCUGUGGAUAAUUUGUCUUGGUAUUCUAUAAUAUCAAUUGUAAAAUAUCUUUAGCAGGCAAAAGACAACUGGAAAAUCAUCAAUCAACUUUUAACUGGUAUUGUCUUAUAUCCUGAAAAUACUUUAAUAAAUGCUUUGGAUAUUGUAGUCUUUAUAAUCGAGUCAUGUAAAAUACAGUAUGUUCAAGCUGCCUUUUGCCCUAACAGGAUAUUAUUGGUCGGCCACUCCCGCUCCUGUAAACAGUUGCGACAACAUGUGACUUAACUGAGCCUCAUUCUUAUAGGUUUUCUCAGGGUUUAAUGUACAAUGGUUUUGACGCAACUCAGAUGAAUCUUUUAAUGUUAUUUAGCCCUUUUCUUAUACCUUAUGUAGCAUUUGUUUUUAUUUUUAGGUAACCAGAGUAAGUAGUGAAAAUAAACUUUCAUAUCAUGUUCCUUGCAAGACUUGAAUUGUAAAUAAGUAUAAGUGAUUCAAUAAGUGCACAUGAAGGAAUUAUGGCAAGGCUGAUGAUAAUCUAAUCACAAAAACGAGUAUAUCAGAGAAGAGAGUUUAUAUGGUUAAAUACAGUACCAUGAUAGUUUAUUAUUCAGUCUUAAAAUUCAUUAUGUCUUGCCAUAUGUUCAUCUUGAUUUGCUUGAAAACUAUGCAUGUAAAAUUAUACAUUUGCAAUUGUCAUAUGUUAUCAAUACUUGACAAUUGAAACAAAUUAUUUUUCUGAAUGACACACCAAUUUCUAUGGUGAUGUAUGAUUAUUGGAGUAAUCUUUUAUAUUUUUGGCAAGAAAAUACAAAAAAAAAAGCUUCAGGAUAAGACUGCCUGUAACCCACCAUCACUUCCAUAACUUUAGAUAAUUAACUUGAAUUAUGUGUUUUCCAGUAACUUUCACCCAGUUUUCUGGUGUAUGUGGCAGUUGCAAUGUUCAGUUCCAGAAGGAUGUGAGAUAUAGUUAACUGUUCUUCUCUUCAUGUUAC